ACAGGAAUCUGGGCAUGUGAGAGCAGCACAUUUCAAGUCCAGCUUUCAUUUCUCCUGCUGGCUAUACUCGGUGAAUCAACUAUUCAACUGACUACUUGCAGCAAAAUAUCAGGACACUUAAAAUAAAUGCUGCUAUAAUGAGUGAAGUCUUCUCUGAAAACAACGAAGGAAGUCUACCCAACUGUACAGUAGGAGGAGAAGAAGAAGGAAAACUGAUUCACAGGAUUACACCUCGAAUCCCCAGCUCUUACACACGUGCCAAAAAGGGUCUUUCUGUGACUGAGGGUGAAGCAAGAUUUCUGGACAAACCACCUCUAUCUUACAUAGCCCUAAUUGCAAAGGCAAUUCUUUCUUCCCCUACGAAUAAACUGAACUUAGCUGCUAUCUACAAAUACAUUGAAGAUAAUUUUCCCUUCUACAGGAACAAAGGUCGAGGCUGGAGGAACAGUGUAAGGCACAACCUUUCACUAAAUGACUGUUUCAUCAAGGUGGGAAGAUGUGAGGAUGGCAAAGGAAAUUACUGGAGUAUUCACCCAUCUAACUUAAAUGACUUUGUUCAUGGAGACUUCAGGCAACAUCGAAGGUCACGAAAACGAGGCCGUCAAAAGGAGCUCGAGCAUUGCCUUGCUGUGAAUUAUUUCAUGCCAUGGGGACACUCUCCUUCCUACCCAGCACCAAACUGGCUUUACCAAACCCAUUGCUUUCUGAAUCCUUUGUGGAAAAUUCUGUAUGCUGACAGACUGCAGUUUGUGCAUGAAUACCAGAAAUGGAAUGUAAACAGUGAUUUAAUCAUGGGGAAGUUUUCACCUCCACUACAGACUGACAAACCACACAGCAUUUCUGUGGACCGGUUUUACGGAUCUCCUGCUACUUCAGUAAUGCAGCAGAAUAUUUUCCUAAAUAUUCAACAGGCUUUCCCUAAUUCCUUUUUCUUCUCUUCUCAAAAGCAGCAGCAAAGUGAAGCAUUCAGACACAUCUGUAAGUACUAGAGAGUACAUGAAGUGCAGUAACUUCACAGGUAGCUUGGGACUCUGUCAAGAUACAAUGUAUUAAUAUAUAUUGCAGAAUUUUGAACAUUUGUGAAUGUUUAAAGACAGCAAAAGAGUUUAUUUAUGGCACCCAGUGAUUCCAGUGAUUGAUAUUUUUGUGUAUUAGCUUUGAAAUUAUAACAAUGAAUACUGGUUUUAAUAAUUCUACUAGUCGAUAGUCAUGCAUAGAUUAUUCGGUUUGAGUAAAUCUACUAGCACUGACUGCCCAAUAGAAUUAACUUUAGAUUGUCCUGUAUUAAUUGAUUUACUGUAUAAUAAUACUCUAUUAGAUUCAAACUAAUACACGUGUCUGUGUAUUUGCAAUGAUAUAUUCAAAUAUGUAUACCCAUAUAUACCCUUCUAUUAUAUUGAGUAGAAAGCAUUAAUACAUUUUUCUUUGUCAGUUGCAAAUGUCUUUGGAAUGUUACUCAUCACUUCCCAUACUGCUGAAAAUGCUGUGUUAUUCUUCUACUCAUUCAAUUUUAUACAUUGGUUAGGAGUCACUUGGCAUUAUUAAUUCUGAUGCAUUCUAUUGAUCAAAAAAAUCACUGUAAAUUUUUGUAUCUUUAGCAGUUAAGUGGAUACCUGGUUCUGCUUGAAUAAAUAUUACAAGUGAAAUAGAUUGCAAUAUUAUCUUUAAUAAGUUUUUUAGUACCAAUCUAGUUCUUAAAUGCAUGGCCACAUUUUAAUUAACCUACUUAAAUGACUAGUUAAUGACAGCAUCACUAAUUACAAGUUUACCCAUCAGUUGGGUAUAAUCUCUUUAAGAAAUUUUCAUUUUUCAGAUAAUAUCAGCUGUGGAAAUUGCUUCAGCUUAUACUUUUAUACUACAUAGAUGUAUAUACAAGGUUGCUUACAUAGCUAUAGAGUAUAUGAUGAUAUAAAGUACUCACUUAAAUAUAUCUGGUACAUGUAUGUAUCUACCCAGCAACCUCAUUGUAACAGGAAUUUUUAAUCAGGAAAGUAUACCAAGCAUUACGAUAAAAACACCCAGCUUUUGCUAAGUUAUAAGCUUUCAGAAAAAACUUGCUUUGAAAUAUUUGCUUGCUGAAAAUGUAGAUUUGAGUAGUAAAUCCCUAAGGACUCUUCAGUGCCUUAAUGCUGUAGUGUGUGGACUAAACUUGAGUCUUGGACAAAGGCGAAGGAAGGUGGUGUUCAGGGGCCAGUUGGGUAGGGAAACCGGGCUGAAGAAAUCAUGGAGAUAACUGGGGUUGAGGAAAACGUGGAGAUAACUGGGGUUGGAACAAGGAGCCCAGAUGUGCUGAGGAAUGAGCUAUAAGAAGCCUGAGGAUUACAAACAGUGAAUGCCAGGCAAUUAUAAUCAGAUGAGAAUGAAAGCUACGGAUAAGAAGAGUCAGAGCAGAUUUAAGGAGCAGCAGGUGGGAAAAGUCUCUGCCUCCUAUAGUUUAUGUACUAGAAUGCCUGGGAUGGAAUUUAACACUCACAGUUCUUUAGCUGUCAGCAAAUUCCUUUAAAAUUACACAAGACAACAAGCUAUUCUUCUUUUGUUCUCACUGGCUCCAUUAGCUUACUUGGCAAAAGCUUGUGAAGUGCACCUGAGGAUAUUCCUAGAAGGACAAAACGCUAUUUGACUUCAUCUUCCCUGCUAAAUAAGACUUGGAGGAAGGGAGUAAGUGUAUAACACAACACUUUGCUUGAGGUAAUGUUACCUGUUUCUUAAGAAGAUAUUUUUAAGCCUGGAGUAAUCUUUUUAGCUCUGGGAAAAGAAAUGCAUUUUACCAGAUUUGUUACAGUGGUGGAAAUGUGGCAUGAAACAAACCGUACUCAUGCUGCCAGAUUUUCAUCCCAGUUUCCUGUGAGAAUGUAAUAAGAGGAACUCACAUGCAGGAAGAGACGUUCUUCUGCUCAGAUGCUUGGAUUUUAUUUGAAGACCACUUUGAAAUAGUUUUCAUACCACCAGUGGCACACAUACCAUAGUCUCAAGGCUCCCAUCUUGGAUAUUUCCAGUCUGAUUAUGUGGCUGUCAGUAUGCUUUCUUAUUUUUUUUCCUUUUGGUGUGUUUUAACUGCUUGUUUGUUUGCAUAGCACCAGCAUACCACAUUGCAGGAGGAUUCUUUUCAUGUAGUGAGCAACUAUUUAUAUUGUCCUCAUCAUUCAGUGGAUAUCUGUGGGUUUCUUACCAUGCAUAGUUCAAACCCUACUCUGAAGACAAAAUUAUCCAAUUCCUAUUUUAUUAUUAACUUGCAAAAACAUAAUACAAUUUAGAAUCAUAGAAUCACAGAAUAGUUUGGUUUGGUAGGGACCUUAAAGAUCAUCUAGCUCCAACCCCCCUGUGACGGGCAGGGACACCUCCCACUAAAUCAGGCUGCCCAAGGCCCCAUCCAGCCUGGCCUUGAACACUUCAACUUUACUUCCAAAACACCUUGAAAGAUGAGGAACAUCUUGAAACAUAGGCUUAAAAAGACUGAGGUCAAAAUUGCAUGCUCACUUUGGGCAUCACUUUUUGUGAAAUCGUUGUGUAGUAAUUUAUCUGCUAAAAGCCCAGUUCCCACUGUCUUGGCUUUCAGCUCUGAGAGUUCAAAACAUUUUCAACGAUCCCAAGCAACAACGAAACCAGUGGACAUCAGUGGAAAGCUUGAUAUCAGUAAGAUGUCCAGAAAUACUGCUGCAAGUAUAAGAGACAGGUACAUCUCUUCGAUGCAUACUCCAGCUGCCAUAAUAUAGACAACUCUUUUUCUUCCUGUAAUCCCCAACCAACUUUUCUAAAGAUCUUCCAAAUUCUGAAACAAACCCCAGCAUUUCUUCAUAGGUGAUUUUAAUUAAUCUACAAAUAUGGUCUAUUUUAUAUAUUAAAUAAGACAAGACAAAAACAGACCUUUUCACACAAUUAAAGGCAAUACUAUAAGUCCUUCAGCGGAGGCAAGGGCCAAGAAGGAAUACACAAUUUAGACAAGAUGCCAUUCCCACCACCACCUACCCCAGCUUCUGAAAGCUUGGCAUUGCAAUCUUAACAAUGUUUUCCAUUGCAGCUGAAGGGGUAGGGUUAGUAUGUCAUUUUGUGCUGAAAAUGUCAAAGUACUAAUUUGCAAACAACCUAAAGUAAAAAUUUAAACGCAGUAAGAAACAAAUGAAUUUAUGUAUUCUACCUGAUUUCCAAGCCCCCAAAUCCACUUAACAUAUAAAAAUAAAUAAUUUUCUGAUCUUGAAAUAUAAUUCUACAACUUGAGAGAACAUUACAUUUCUGAUACAGGAAAUUGCCAUUUAAUGAGAAGACAGAAAGGCUCUUGAAAAUUAAACAGAGGAAUCACAUGCCUGUACAGGAAUGUCUGAGGCAGUACAUGUGCUGUGAGGGACUCCUUAGAAAUGAAAACAACAGUUACAAAUGCUGAAUUACAGAAAAUCUGACAUGAACACAAUAUCCAAAACCUGCAUGUUGACAGCUUCAGCAUUUUCCAGUUAAGAUGCAUUACCAGAGCUGAUGAAAAUAUUGGGAAGUCAGAACCUCAGCAUUUUGACCAUUGUCACCUCUGUUCUGUCCAUAAAUAAGACAGAGGUCAUCUUUUUACAGCAGAUCUACUUUGGGAGUACACAGAUGAAAUGCCAGUGUAUGACAUAAAUAGCUGAAAUGGAGGUCGCAUACGGUCUCACAAAUAAAUGUUGCCAAUUGCUCUCCUCUUCUUUUUGCACUAAAGAAAAUUACUUCUGCAUAAUGAAAUUAUGUUUGAACCACAGAUUUUCUAACACUUUCAAUAAACUGUAUCUUAAUGAUGAGCAGUAAGAGAACUAGGCCUGAACAUGAGAACCUCAUAUUAACA